AUGCCGGGCAGUGAAGGGCACUUUGUGCAGCAGCAGAUUGUCAAAGUUGAGCCUGGAUUUGUCCGGCUGGUGGAAGGGAAGAGCCGCUGCUCAGGACGUGCGGAGAUCCAUGACGGGGACCAGUGGAAAACCGUCUGUGAUUCCCACUUUGGUCCCAAAGCUGCUGACGUGGUCUGCAGGGAGCUGCAGUGCGGCGUGGCCCUGCCUGUCACUGGAGGAGGUCACUUUGGAGAAGGGCUGUUGGCCAGGGACAUGCGCAUCCAGAAGUGCACUCUGGCCAUGGCUGAGGACCUCUUUCCCAGGAGGGUGCUGGAGCGAGGGGCUGGAUUUGUCCGGCUGGUGGAAGGGAAGAGCCACUGCUCAGGACGUGUGGAGAUCCGUGAUGGGGACCAGUGGAAAACUGUCUGUGAUUCCCACUUUGGUCCCAAAGCUGCUGACGUGGUCUGCAGGGAGCUGCAGUGCGGCGUGGCCCUGCCUGUCACUGGAGGAGGUCACUUUGGAGAAGGGGUCGGUCCCAUCUGGGAUGGAGCGCUGCAGUGUGUGGGGAAUGAAUCCCUCCUGGCCUCCUGCCCCAGAGGGUCCCCCAGGGACCAGCCCUGCACCCACGUGAACAGCGCUAUUGUCACCUGCACACAGUACACAGGGUUCAGGCUGGUGAACGGCAGCACGCCAUGUGCAGGGAGGGUGGAGGUCCAGGUGCUGGGGACCUGGGGGACCCUCUGUGCCUCCCACUGGGAUCUGUCGGAUGCCCACGUUCUCUGUCAUCAACUCAACUGCUCAGCCAGCUUUGCAUCCCUGCGGCUGGUGGGUGGAGGGAGCCGGUGCGAUGGGCGAGUGGAGAUCUUCCAGCAUGGGACGUGGGGCAGAGUCCUGGAUGACCAGUGGGAUGUGCAGGAGGCCAGCGUGGUGUGCCGGCAGCUGCGGUGCGGAGAGGCAGGGGGAGCUUACAACCCCCCAAAGCCGGAGCGAGGGACGGGCCCUGUGGGGCUGCGAGGGGUCAGGUGCACAGGGCACGAGGCCAACCUGACCCUCUGCAACACCUCCCUGCCUGAGAGUGCACUGGCGGCAGGGGUUGCGGAGGACGUGGGAGUCAUUUGCUGGGGGAGCCGGCGGGUCCGGCUGGUGAACGGGGCUGGGCGCUGCGCCGGGAGAGUGGAGAUCUACUACCAGGGCAGCUGGGGGACUGUCUGCGACGAUGGCUGGGACCUGUCUGAUGCUGCCGUCGUUUGCCAUCAGCUGGGCUGCGGAGGGGCAGUGGAGGUGGCUGGCUCUGCUCAGUUUGGGGAAGGCUCCGGGCAGAUCUGGCUGGAUGGCGUGAACUGCUCCGGGGCCGAAGCUGCUCUCUGGGACUGCCCUGCCAGGCCCUGGGGGCAGCACGACUGCGGGCACAAAGAGGAUGCGGGAGUCGUCUGUUCAGAGUUCGUGGCCCUGAGGCUGGAGAACAGCGACGGCUGCUCUGGGCGCCUGCAGGUUUUCUACAACGGGACAUGGGGGAGCAUUUGCUCCAACUCGAUGACUCUCGACACGGUGUCGCUGGCAUGCAAGGAGCUGGGCUGCGGAGACAGAGGAUCCCAGGAAACAGGCCUGCCCUAUGGUAGGGUGUCUGGCCCCGCGUGGCUGGAUAAGGUGCAGUGUGGGGAGAAAACCAGCUCCUUCUGGCAGUGUCCCUCGGCUCCCUGGGACCCACAGUCAUGCGAAGACCUGCGAGACGAGGUCCACAUCAUCUGCAACGACAGGGAGAAGAUUCGUGCAGUGGGAGGCGAGGACGGGUGCUCAGGCAGAGUGGAGGUCUGGCACCGUGGCUCUUGGGGGACGGUGUGCGAUGACUCCUGGGACAUGCGGGAUGCUGAAGUGGCGUGCAGGCAGCUGGGCUGUGGCCCCGCAGUGUCUGCCCUGCAUGAGGCUGCGUUUGGGAUGGGGAUGGGCCCCAUCUGGCUGGAGCAGGUGGAGUGCCAGGGGACAGAGCUGUCCUUACAGGACUGCUGGGCCCGGCCCGGGGACAGCGGUGUUUGCCGGCAUAAGGAAGAUGCUGCCGUGCGCUGCUCAGAUCCCACCCGAGGCCGUCUGACCAGCAGUGGGAGAGUCUCAGUGCCCGUCAUCAUCUGCAUCAUCCUGGGGGCCCUUCUCUGCCUGCUCCUGGCCCUCCUGGCUGGGCAAGUGCUAAGCGCCAGGGCUGGGCGCAGAGGCUCCUGGAGAGCUCAGGAACCAUUCCCCGAGGCCGUGUAUGAGGAGGUUGGUUACAGCCCAGCGUGGGAGAAGCAGGCGAGGUUUGGUCGCUCAGGCUCCUAUUCAGAGGAGUCCCUGACCCAGCUGCAGCCCUACCCUGGCGUGAGCGAGGAGGAGGAUGGUCUGGGAUCAGCACCAGGGGGCAGCCUGCACUCCCAGAGAAGUGCCGGGGUCCCUGGAGCUGAAGGAGUCACCUUGUCCCUGUCCCUGGGGAGUACGGGCUAUGAUGAUGCUGAAGAGGUGUCUCUGGCACAUCCUUGUGAGGACACAAAGGCUGUGACACGGGAGCUCAGUGCACAACAGUGCCUGAGCCCCAGGCCAGGAGAGCCCAACCCUGCUGUGCCGCUGGGUGCAGCCAGGAGGGAGGAGAGGUCUGUGCAGCUGGGAGAGCUGUGA